AUGCAUCAGCCCGAUCAGAACUUCAAACACCAUCGUCGCAAUAUCGCAAAAGUAGCCAGCUCCAGCACGUCUCUUGCGAUCUUUGAUCGCGUCCAGAACGAAGAAGCUGCACAUUUCCUCCUGAAUGUUAUGGAAUCUCCCAACGAUCUGUUUGAACACAUCAGGAAAGAAGCAGGCGCUGUCAUCUUGAGAAUCACGUACGGCUAUACGCCUAACGCGAAGGGACCGGAUCCGCUCGUAGAUGUAGCAGGGCAGGCAAUGGCCGAGUUUGCUGACGCAAGUGUGCCUGGAAAGUGGCCUGUCGACGUCAUGCCGUUCUUACGUUUCCUUCCAGACUGGUGUCCAGGUACCGGCUUCAAGGGUACAGCUCGGCAGAUGGCAAAGACCUUGAUACGCACGGCCGAAGAGCCCUACGCUUUCGUCAAGUCGCAGAUGCAGGACAAGAAAGCGAAGACAUCCUUCCUCUCUCAAGCCAUCGAAUCUCUCGGCUCAGACGCGUCCAUGGAGUACAUCAAUAAAUGGUCCGCUGCAUCUAUGUACCUUGGCGGCGCGGACACCACUGUAUCGUCUUUGAUGACGUUCUUUCUAGCCAUGGCCGUCUUCCCAGAAGUCCAGAAGAAAGCUCAAGAGGAGCUGGACCGUGUGAUUGGCGGAGAUCGACUCCCGAUCACUAGCGAUAAAGCAAGCUUGCCGUAUAUUGAGGCCGUAGUGAAGGAAACGCAUCGAUGGCAUCCUGUGGGGCCCAUGUCGAUACCUCAUUCCUGCACGCAGGAGGAUAACAUCAAUGGGUAUAGGAUACCGAAAGGAGCGAUGAUCUUGCCUAACAACUGGUGGUUCACACACGACCCAGCCGUCUACCCCGAUCCUAUGGUCUUUCGCCCCGAACGCUACAUAGCGACGCCAACCCAUACCGCGGAGCCUGAUCCGCGCACAUGGACAUUCGGGUACGGGCGUCGCGUUUGCCCCGGACGCUAUGUUGCAGACAACGCUCUUUUUGCGACAAUCGCGCAGUCGCUGGCUGUCUUCAAUGUCGAGAAGCCUGUCGAGAAUGGAAAGGUUGUAGAGCCUAGGGUUGAGUUCGAGCCCGGCGUGAUAAGCCAUCCAAAGCCGUAUCGUGUGAACAUCGUACCGAGGAGUGAGAAAUGCAGAGAGUUGGUCAAGCAAGCGGAGGAGGUGUACCCAUGGGGCGAAAGUGAUGCUGAGACUUUGAGGGAUCUGAGCUAG